CACAGUAGGUAGCUUCAUGUAGGAUUCCUCAUCGAAAAAAGAAAAAUAAGCCUGAAAACGCAGCUUAAGGUGCAAGUAAGGAGAAGUAAGUAAAAUAAUAGCAUUCGAACCACGUAUCUCAACUAGUUAUCGCCACUUUGGCUCUCAUCAAUCCCUUUCCCACACCUAUGCAAUGUAGGUACAUAUUCGACCGGUCUAUACGUAACAUACAUUCCCACCACAACCAAAACCCACAGUCCUACAUACGUCAGAUCAAUACCCUCCUAACGCAAGCCCAUUACAUACGCAGGAUCCGGCUCUCCUAACUCAAUCCACAAACCCCCCCAUGUUAUUCCUCAUCCUGCCCCUAAAAAUGCGCCUUGGCUUGAUAUUCCCUUCCAGUCACACAUCUGAUCCCAGGAAGUGAGUGGUUGUUGUCUCAAUGCAAUGCACCAUGCAAUGUGCGUACAAUCAUACCUACAGCCAGCCAGCCAGCCAGCUUGCGGCUGACCAACCAAUCCCAGCCUUUUGUUCCAGGAAUCCUUCCAUUGUGCAGGAAAUUGUCCAAGACAUGUCUUCAUGUUCGUUGGAAUAAGCCCAAGGAGGGAACCAAUAUCGGUUCAGAGAUCUCUUUCAUGAGGUUUAUGAGGGAACAAUGACGCGGCUCUGCGGUCAGUUUCAACCGCCUACUGGAGUUGCUUGUCCAGAAGCAGAAAGAUCUCGGGCGGUGUAGCCUCCUCGUAUUUACUCUCAGAGCUAAAAAAAGCUGAUCAAAUAUCAACGUGAGAGAUCAAACCUUCGGCGAGCGGAUACGGUGAUAUUUUGAAGACAUCCUGGGCUCCACCACCCGGGAAGUAUAACCCAGUUUGUGUCAAGUCCAUUGAGGCUUAAGAUGAAAGUGCUGCUGCUGUGGUUCUCUGCGAGGUGAUAUGAGGCUGGUAUCCCGCCGGGCGCUGACCAGCUAAUGUAGGAACGGCUGCCCGUAAUCCAGUAAUACGAAUGCUAUUGACAACAUGCAUCCACGCCCGGCAUAAGUACCCAAACAAAAGCCAAGGACCAAGAAAAGGCAUAUCGUGAACAUUAAUACCAUGGAUCAAACAGAAGAUCGGCCGUAAAUGAACACCGAGAUACAAGCUCUAGACCGAAGCACUGAUCAGAGGUUUGAGGACAAGGCGAGCUUCAUUGCAACCUAUCGCCGGAUCAACAGACAGCCUCAAACGCUAAGUCGAUGUGGACGAUAACCUAUGCGAUGAAACGAGAAGAUCACCUCGAUGCACCCACAAGCCAUGGGCCAAGAGCAUGGUUUGAGCCACGAGAACCGGGUGUGGCAAUCUUUCCGAAGAACCAGGGAGACGGAUCAGCAGAUCGCAUUUCGUGCAGAAACUAAAAGAGACAUCCGGGAGAUUCUGCCGCCGGGCGGCACCUGACGAUGAUACACAAUUACCGCAGUGUCGUUUAUCGGUUGAGCUACUGCGAAGCUGAUAGGGCUGCAGACAAUCCGUGACACUGGGCACCGUGAAUGAGAGCAAGGGUGACAUAGCGCCUGGCAUGAUGGCGCUGAAAUGGGCACCCUCCGACCCGGAAUCAUAUGGACUAAUUCAAAUGAAACACAAUGUGUGUUUCUGGAGGAGGUAGAAUACCGAGGAAAAACUCCUCAAGGGCAAGUGUGUGGUGGUUUUGGUGUGAGACGAGGCGAGAAAAAAGUGAGGCGGACGAGGUCAAGCUCUGGGCAACCAGUAGAAUGGCACCUUGGAGAUUCCGUACAUGCAAUACUGUGCCUUUCACGAGCCUAUAGAAGGAUGUCCCUGAAUGGCUAGAACCAAGAAGAACAGUAGGAUGGAAGCGGUACUGUACUUAGUGACAUUCUUCUCAAGCCUCCUCGACCGUAACCGUGCUUCAACUGACCACCUCAGCCAAGGACCUUGGUUCAACACAAGCAUAUAAAGACACCAGAGUCCCCGUUGCUUUGACAAUGACGAUGACAGGGAGCUCAGUACCUUUUCCCAACAUUAUCAUUAUUUACCGUCGCCCAAGAUGUCGUCUUCGCCGCCUGAAUCGAUGAACAGAUACUGGAUUCCCAAUCUGGAUAUCCACAAAAAGGUCAUCACUCAGGAGCUUCAGUAUUACCUCGGACCCGACGCGAGCGUGAGGCCUUUUACUCGAGAGGGUGAAGAUGGCUUCUUGAUCACCACACCAGGACCUUGCCUGUCAGAUGAGCAAAUAGACGACAUAUGCGUCAAGUCAAAGCAGCUGUGGGAGAAACAGGCAGCAGCGCGAGCAGCCGGCAGUUCGAGCAAAUCCCUCAAGCGACCUCUUCACGCACCUGUAUCACUCGGGAAGUCGGGCGGCACCAGUGAAUCGUCCAGUAGACGGAGAAAGCCCAGAAGCCAUCGGGAUGACAGACGAUGAGAGUUUGGGGGAUACCCACUAUCGGGCACGAGGUAGCUUGGUUCAGAUCGUUUCGGAUGCCUGAUGAGGGGACAGUAGCAGAGGGAUCAAUGUGGAACGUGGGGAAGCAAGCCACGAGGGGCGAAUGGUGAAGCAGAGUGACUGAAGUUGGCGGUUUGAGGUGCAUGUGCCAUAUCGAUUGUUGUGUUAUGGUGGUUGUAGAGUAUUUGGUCGACCAGCAAUAUCGUGCCAUCUGGCAAUGGAACGGCGUUUUCCUAUCUUCGGCGGAUGACUGCAGUGCAUGAUGCGCGUCGGAUUCUGCAACCGAGAGAGCUAGCCCAAAUUCGAAAGCCUCCACACGUUCCAAUUGGAA